UCUCCCGCCACGUUUGCUGGUCGCAGGUGAAAGACGCACCUACGUUGAACGAUGGACGAUCCGACAAUUUGCAAGCACACUACCCUCCGAAUUUCUGGGUAUAUUUUCGUUCUUCAAAUCGAUUGAAUUUUCGAUCAGAAUUUUCUUCAAUGUAAUUGUCAGUGAACUCUAGCUUUCCACGGGUUUGAAAAAAAUUUCUGCCAUUCAGAUUGGCUAUAUAAUCAACCAUUCACCGAACAAUGCAAUCUGCAAUUGGUUUCGUACUGAAGCGACGCACCCAUGGCCGCUUCCAGCAAGAUAUUGCUGAUUUCCAUGGCGAUUCUCCUAGUCGUUCCUUCAAUUGAGGCGCUAAACCUUAAUGUGACUCGGAUUCAGUUCUACAUGCAUGAUAUUGUGAGUGGUCCGAACGCCACCGCGAUUCAAGUCGCCAGACGGCGGAUGAACUACACGGGUUCGGACCCAAUCGCCGCCAUGUUUGGGUCUAUUUUCAUGAUGGAUAACCCGCUCACGGUGGCGCCCGGAUUAGGGCUCGACGUUGAUUGGGCGUGCUCAGGGGAUUUAUGCAAUGUCGUCGCAACAAAAUGAGUUCAGCCUUUUGAUGACGCUAACCUUCGUAAUGACAGGUGGAUCGUACCACGGAAGCUCGUUCAGCGUCGUCGGCCGGAAUCCCAUCAUGAACGAACUCCGGGAAAUGCCAGUGGUCGGUGGGACGGGGAUUUUCCGGCUUGUUCACGAGUAGUGCUUAGCCAGGACAUUCUCGUUGAGAGAAAUGGAAACUGUGAUUGGCUACAAGGUAACAUUGAUCCACGAUCUUGACAACUAUUCCGGUUAAAGAUCAUUGAGGAUUCCAUAUUAUCGGAAGAGUUUCAUUAAGUUUGUACUGAAUGAAUCUUCAUAGUGUAAAGCAUAUACAUUCAUAUUUCCAAUUAGUAAGUGCAUCCUAUGAGCAUCAUGAACAUACCAUAUUCAUUAUAUUAAAUGAAACUGUUUCUGUAUUGGGCUGUGCAACAAAUAGGUCUUUGGUCAAUGAACUGUUAGAACUUUUAUGGGCAUUAAAUGUGAUUUAGUUGCCUGCCAUUUAUGUGUUUGAGUUAUGUCUCUGCUUAAUAAGGCCUGUAGUUUUUGCAGACCACCUUUUACUUUCAUCCUCUGUAAUCUUCUUAGAGAAGGGGUUGAAGAUGAACAUUAGAUAUUUCAUUUCUUACUGUUUUCUAGACUACACCUUCUUGAUGCCCUCCAAGUGCUUGCAUAUGCUUCUCCUCUGACAUUGGCAAGGUCUGGUCGGAGAUUGAUCUGGUCUGAAUGACAGCUUCAUAAGAAUUGGAAGGAUCAAACUUAUUAGCAGAAACAAAUUUGGUGAUUUGUUCAUCAUCAGGGAAUAGAUGAGGAGUGAAUUUUCUGAUUUGGUAGUGAACAAUAUGCAUAAAAGCCGAAGCAUGGAGAAGAGUGAAUGGAAAGUCGAUGUCGAGUCAUUUAAGAGAAGAAACUAUGUUGUACAAGAGAGAGAUGAUGAUCCUAGUGAAUCAGAAGCAAUUGGAGAUAGAAUCAGCCGGUAUUCCACAAAGAGUUCAUUCAAGACUUCAAUGGAUGACGAGUUGCCUGAGCUUGUUGUUUUCCUUCAAGAAACCGACUUAGAAUUUGUGAAAGAUAUUUGCAUCGACAAAGUGGUAAUGUCACAUGAAAAAUGCAUCGAGGAGAAUUGUGACACAGAAAAUGGUUUAGUCCCUGACAUGCUCAAGCAUAAUACACCAGAAAGCGACUGUGAAUCAAGUGAAGAAUCCGAGUACUUGGAGUCGUCGGUUUCAAGUACUGAAUCAACACAGAUCCUUGAGGAAGACCUCUUUAACAAAGUAAAUGAGAAACAAAAGGAUUAUUCUUCUGAGGUUUCCAUUAUGAAAUCUGUGCCUAUAUUGUUUCUUGAUAGAAAGGUUACAGGUAAAAAGGAAGCAGCUUCGACAAACUCUAUUGCAAGAUCAUUGACUAAGAUACUUGAUGAAAACAGACACAAAGGCAAAGCAGUUGCUAGAAGCAAGAGCAACUUUGAACUUGGCAGCACCUGGACAGCAGGUUGCCGGCACUGUCAUGACUGUGGAAGCACAUCCAUGGCUGAGGAUGACACGCCGGAGAAUCAUCAGAAUGAAGAUGGUUCCUCUGCAGCGCAUCACUUAAGACCCUCAUUGUCAUCUUCUUUGGGCAGCGCAUCGCUUAAGUCGAACAGCAGCACCAACAGCUCACAUUCUUUCUCUUUUCCAAUUUUAGAAACAGAAUGGAUUGGAAGUCCAGAAAGAAUGGCAAAAGCUGAUCCGUUGCAAACGUUGCGAACGCGAAAGCAACAACUAUGGAGGCGAUGUUUUCCCUGCUGUAAUUUCUAGUACUGCCAUUGUACUACAAAUUUCGUCUCGAGUAGCGAGUGAACAUUGCAUUAACGUAUUACUUUCGGAGUUUUAAAUCUUCUCUCGUUUCAUAUUCUUAAUCUAUAUGUUAGACCUGUUAUUUUGUUGGUAGUAUAGAGGCCACACAUGAAGUAUGUUUAGGAGUAAAUUGAAAACAUGAAGCUUACAGAUCUGAAUCUGAUGCUGAUUGAACCUACUGAUAAACACAAAGAAAGAGAUCAUGGCGACAGCAAAGCUAAGAUCAUCCUCAUCCAUUGAAGAGGACCAUAAUCAGAUUGCUGGAUGCUUCUAGAUCCCUGGUGUGGUAAGUAGUUCGUUUGAUAUAUAGCUUAGUGCAUUCCCAGUUCCACUUGGGAAACUUUAGUCAGUGGCACCACCUUCAGUGUAAGAGUCUGCCUAAGUUUACCGCUAGUAAAUAGUCUGUUUUGGCCUGUUACGUAUCGCUAUCAGCCUCAUAGUUUUAAAAUGCGUAUGUUGGGUAGAGGUUUAUACGCCCUCAUAAAGGAUGCUUUGUUCCCGUCUUCAUUCUCCUCAUAAUGGGUGUUUUGUUCCCCUUUUCUAACCAAUGUGGAAUCUCAUGAUCUACCCCCUUGGGACUCAAGUCCUUGCUAACACACCCCUGGUACUUGACUCUAAUACCAUUUGUAAUAGCUCAAGCUCACGCUAGCAGAUAUUGUCCUAAGAAGAAGUUUCCACACCCUUAUAAAGAAUGUUUUGUUCUCAUCCCAACCAACGUGAGAUCACACACAUAUCUGUCGUUUAGGUAUUACUUUCUUAUCAAAGUUUGCUCGUCCACUAUUACAUCCCUUUCAAUGCCACCAUGAUUUGGUAAGUCUAAACAAUUGAGAUGGCACAAGAUUUGCAGUGGUCAGAAGCGUCGUCAAGCAGGCGCAAGGGCGGAUGACGAUAAGGACCACCAUCAGCCACCACCAUGUGCGAAGUCCAAAUCGAAGGGCAGAUCGCAGUUGGAAUCAUGAAUGUUGAAUGUUGUGUAGAAGCAAGAAGGGAGAGACAAUGAAAAUGACAGUUCACAGGUCAGGUCUCGCUUGAUCAAGCAAGCCAAUUCCCAUUCCAGGACCAUUGCAGCAGAGUACUUACCAAAAUCCAAUCUCCAUCCCCACAAGCAACAACCACAGAGAUGACAGUGGGAGUUCUCAAACAUUAACAAUUUUUCUUAUGUUUAAGUUCGAAAUUCGGACGGUACAAUAAAUAAAUAUGAAUUAAGAGUAAAAUUAAGGAGGUAAUUUGUGAAAUAUAAUACGAAAAAUGAUGAACAAGAGAGAGAUACCGACAAUGAAAGAAUUGGGAGACAUUAUUGUAAUUAAGAAGAAAGUGAGGUGUAUUUAUUACCACAAGUCUCAGCGACAGGGACAGUGACAGUGACAGCACAGUAAUACUGUUUCAAGUGACGUGGAAACCAAAAGACGAAGCCCAGAGAAAAAACCUUCAUAUUCUCGUCCUUUGUAGAGAGAUACGUGGCCCCCACGUCACCCAAUAUUUUCCACGUCAUCCUCCUCCUCCUCCUCAUCCUAUAGGUGCAACGAAAAUCCGAAAUUCAUCAUAAACGAAGCUCAAAUUUAAUAUACUAUAGGCGGAUUUACAUAUAGAAGAAAAAGAAGAAGAAGAAGAAGAAGAAUCUCUCUUUUCUUUUUAUAUUUCGAAAUUUGAUUUUGAUUUUG